AUGAAUCCGGGGCUGGUUAGUGUGCCGCCAGCCGCAGCAUGGACGUGCCGCCUCAAGCCCAGGGUCCCUCGGCGCGGCCGCUCGUCAACCCUGACGAGUAUGGCGAGGUGGACACCUCCAGGUAUCCGGAGCCGAAGGAAGCCACGCACAAGGUCCGUGGCCGCAGCGAUGUGCUCGAAAUGCUCUGCGGCGCAGGCGCCGUGGACCCCGAGCUCCUCACCGUCAAGACCUUCUACUUCUUCUUCUACUCUGCGUUCGGCUCGCUCUUCCCCCUCAUGGGCGUCUACUUUAAACAGAUGGGCAUGAACGCCGGCCAAUGCGGACUGCUUAUAGGCACGAGGCCGUUUGUGGAAUUCCUAUCCGCUCCGUUCUGGGGUGGUUUAGCCGACCGCUGGCGUAAAGGAAGGACUCUACUCUUGGCUUCGCUAGCGGCAUGGAUUGUUUUUACGCUUCCGUUAAGCUGGGUGCAGCCCGGAGCGGUGGCUUGUGUGGUGCCUCGGAACGCGACUAGCUACGAUCUGUUGCCGCCCCGUUACGAUGAUACUAUGGCUCCCUCUAGUGCUGUUGCGAGAUCAUUCCACGGGCCGACGACCUCUGCCGCCGCUGGCUCGGCCGGCAGUCCGCUCCCUGUGUCUGACGCUUACAAUUACAACCCGGCGCAGAAUGCUGACUGGGUGACGCCACUGCACUCGUCCAUCGUGUACCGCACGGCUGACAUCCAGAAGACAUUCUUCUUGCUUCUGCUGCUGGUUAUGGUGGGCGAGUUCUUCAGCGCGCCGGCCAUUACGCUUGCUGAUUCUGCCGUUAUUACUCUGCUCGGAGAAGAUGCUGACCGCUACGGUCAUCAACGCAUGUUCGGCUCCCUGGGCUGGGGGCUGGCCAUGUUCUUCGUGGGCAUCGCACUGGACCAUAGCACGGCUUUCAGCUCACACCCUUGCGGUGGCCCGCAGCGGUAUGAGAAGAACUAUACUAUCUGCUUCGCUACGUUCUCCGUGUUGAUGGGCGCUGCUCUUCUUACGGCUGGACAGAUCAAAUUCAAGUACGAGUUCGCGCCCGAAGUGAUAGCGCCCGUAGCUCCGACUUCGCCAACGCAGGAGGACAAACUCCAACAACAACUAGCAGAGCAGCUCCAGCUGCCGGGCCUGGACACCAGCGCGCCUCGCUCCGCGCCUCAACCGCCAUUGGAGCAGGCCAAGGUGUUCGCGCAAACCACGCGCGAGAUGCCCGAAUGGGUGACGGUGCUAAAGCAGUUCCAAAACGUCCGAGCGGCGUCGUUCCUGUUCGUAGCCUGGUUCAUGGGCUUCGGCAUCGGCCUCAUCUUUACCUUCCUCUUCUGGCAUCUGCAGGAUAUUGGAGGGUCGCCGACGCUGUUCGGCGUGGCGUCCGUCAUCAACCACAUCUCGGAGAUCUUCGCUUAUUUCUUCAGCUUCAAGCUGAUUACACAAAUGGGGCAUUUCAAGGUGCUGUGUCUGGGCCUAGCCGGCAACGUCCUCCGCUUCCUCUACAUCUCGUGGCUGACCGACCCGUGGUGGGUGCUGCCCUUCGAGUUCGUGCAGGGAGUUACCCACGCGGCCGUAUGGGCCGCUUGUUGCUCCUACAUCGCUCACCACGCCCCUCCCGGCCUGCGCUCAUCUGCUCAGGGAGUUCUUCAGGGGCUCCACCACGGGCUGGGGCGCGGCUGCGGCGCCGUGCUGGGCGGCGUGGCGGUGGCGCGCUGGGGCACCACGCGGACCUUCGCCGGCUACGGUAUCCUGUGCGGGUUCGCGCUCGCCGGAUUCGCUUUCCUGAACUUCCGGGAAGAGGCCAAUGUAGAAGGUGAUAUGGAUGAGGAAGCCCGCGCUGUGGCCGAAGCGGGCGUGCUGGCCCCUCACGGAGUCCCCUCGAACCCCAUACCCCGCGCGCUUUCCUCUACUCGUUUAUCCGACCUCGGCCAUCAUGAUUCAUACGGAGCCACACAAAACUACGCCGGCUCGGCGAGCCUCGGCGUGCCGGGGCAGGGGCAGGGACAGGGGCAGGGACAGGGGCAGGGGCAGGGACAGGGGCAGGGGCAGGGACAGGGGCAGGGGCAGACGCAGACGGGGGCGCCGCGCGGCCCCGCUAACCCCUUCCUGCAGGACGCGGCCGGCGGCUACAGGUAAACACCACGCACGGCGACUACACGGCCGCUGAACUAUGCUGUAGCUCAAACAGUUUGUAUGGAAUCGAGUCUUAAACCUUUCAGGCUCAGUUUCAUUGGUCGAUAACUAGGUCGAUAUGUCGCACUCAAAUUGUAAGAAUCCGCUGUUUACAAACGGUGUCGUCAUUUUAUUUUACAAACGUUUUCACGUUUGUAAAAUGACGUGUAAAAUGGACUGUGAAAAUUCCAGACAAUUUGUAAAAUACCUUAUGACAUUAACAGCGUCGUUUGUGAUUUGCCGCGGCAUUUGGGUCGAAAUAGUUCUUUAAUUUACCACGCGUGGCGCUGCACAUCAAAACUAUGAAAGACGCUGAGGUGUCCAUCAAAUCUGGAGUUCGCACUUAUUAUAGGGGCGUAGGGGGCGGGGGAAGCUUUUGGAUCUGGGUAGCCGCCCUUCCGUGACGCCCUCGCGUGACGAAGCACGGUCACUACACUCGGCUCCGCAGCUUCGGCUUGCUGGUCGCCGACCAUCAGCCUCAGCCGCUCGCCUCGCUCGUGCCCGGCUCCGGCACGGCGGGCGUGGGCUGCCCUCCCGCAGCGCCUCCGUUUUCGCAAUUGCUCUCUAGAGGUAUGACAGACAAGACCACGUGGAUAGUGGGGUGUCCCCUCCGACAACCAUUACGUUUACGUUGACACUAUUGAGCGCACUAACAAUUUGCCUUGAAAGGGAUAAAACAUAAUUUAACUAAAAUAAAUCAGGCCCGUAAAGUUUUAUGAAUAAGGGGGUAAGACAUUCAGCAAUUUGCAAACGUGAAAACCUUUGUAAAUUGACGACGCUUGUUAACGGCGGAUUCUUACAGUUUGCCUGCGACAGGUAUACAAGCGCGCGAUGACUCCUCGUAGGUGGUAAGGCGAUAAAACGACUAGUGAAAGUCAUAAUGGCGUGCGUUUUGAAUAUUUAUCUCCCGUACCCCGUAUGCGGGCCCUAUCGACCAUAGACAUAGCAUACACAAGUAGUUAUAGACGCGCCACCGAGCGACCGAGGGGAUAAGAGAAAGAAUAUUAUGCAUAUUAAAUUUGGGCAGCAUAGGAUUUUUUUCUCUUUAACUCUUAUAAAUUUCGGUAUUUCGCCAUCGCCUCCUACCUAUGAUGCCACCCGGUCGGUGAUAAGGACAAAGCAUGGCACUUUUUUUUCUUUCCUCUUAUAGGAAUCGCAAUAAGACUAUCUUUCUCCAUCAAAGAGUGUCAGGCCCUUGCUAUCGACCGAUGAAAUGACUGGGCCUUAGGACCUAAUCUAUAUUGUACCUAAGGCAACAAUUAGUUAUGCAGAAUUUUUAGAGCACGGUCACGCACGGUGGCUUGACUACAAAUUUAAAAUCUAAUCUGUUAAGGGGUUAUAUGAUGAAGAGAUUACGAGAUUUUUUUUGUGCCACAUUGCGCGUUGGUACCAAACAAGUAUACAUCCCUAUCCUUUUAUUUAUGUACGAAAUAUUAUAGUUCCUUGAGAAAACCAGUGCGUUCGCGGAAGGACAUUCUAAGCUUUAAUUAUUUCUUAGAACUUGAAGUCGUGAAUUUAUGGAUUUCGACUUAUAAAAAUCUUGUUAUUGAUGUUUUUUUGUAUAUAUGUGUUAGAUACAUGGAAAUUGUCGCUUUUGAAAGACUUCGCGAUUUGUUUUUGUAUAAUAAUUUGGCGUAUUUUCUAGUCAAGUCUUAAGAUACUCCAAAGACUCGAGUCUUUACCAACACUACACAAAUCCUUCGAGAACCCAGGUUCUUCGUAGCUUCGGUACUAAGUAUUAUUAAUAGGCGGCUGACGGCUAAGAUUCGUAUCCAAGCUUAUAGAAACUCUGGAGGUUACACAAAGAACUAACAUAAAAAUACGAUGUGACCUUGAAUGACGGCCACGUUUAGCCACGUACUUAUUACCGUCCCUUUUUUUGGUGAUUCGUGAUUUAGCUAAUUUCGAGAACAGUUAUUUUCACGACAAUUGCCGCGAAGAACGAGAAGACAACAAGUGCGUGCCGUGAUUCAAGGUAGUUUUCCUUGCCUCCAGUUUUUACAUGCUUACCUUGUUAAUAGUCAGCCGCCCCUUAUUAUUAAGCUCACUCCAAGCUUAGUGUUUGCAUUACGCGCGAAAGUUACGGACAGAAAUGAACCGUGAAGCAAUGAGGAGGCGAUUACAGUAUAGUUUACGCUCUCAAAUACCGACGAAAACCAGGAAAAAUGUGCGGAUCGAUUCCAAAAUUUCCAAAUUGACGUGUAAAGGUUUCGCAUCGUGAUUCGCGCACUAAAUGUGGAGGGGCGUUUAAUUAAGUAGGUUAAGGGUCGACGAUUAUCGCUGUAGCAGCGUAUCGCCCGCGGCCGGUGGUCGGCCAUUACAAGGGUACUUUCCAUUUCUGUUCUAUCAAACCUUUCUUCAGAGCAUGAAAUAGUUUGGUGUUUUCAAGUCAAGUAAGGGUUAUCCCAUACUAGCAUGUUUUGAGCCUCAGCGUCUAGUCAGCCUAUGGAAUGUGGCAGCAGUUGCGCCAACGUUGCGUCGCGCUGCUGCCAUAUACCUAUAUAGAGUUGACUAUAUAUACACUGACACUCGGGAAGACGCUAGUGUGGAGUGGCCCUAUGGACCAUCGUCCGCACUCUUAACUGACAAUUUGUAAACUUUAUUACAAUGACAUAGGUUUACCAAUGGUCAAUGAACAGUGUGCAAAUAAAGAACUUGAACUUGCUGAAGUGUUGAUCCUAGCAUUGAUCUAUUAGCAUUUUUGCGGAACAUAAUGGCAAGUACCCCACAAACGUUACAUUGUGUUCGCGGUGUUCGCUGUUGCUACGUCUCGUUUCUUUUGUACCGGUGUAUUGUGAACUUGUAUUUACGCCAAGGGUCUCCAACCUUUUUGACCCGAAGGCCACCAAUUUGGCUUUAUUCCCAGGCCGGAAUGGCUAGCUCCCGUGCCGGAUCUGGCCUGACGGCCGAAGUUUGGAGACCCCUGAUUUACGCUAUACCCGUACUGUCACGGUGUCAUAUCAUGGUGUGAUGUAGACCGGCUCGCGGAGCGGGAAACCCGUUCCGUGAUCCGUAUUUUGUUGAUAAUGUAGCAGAUAUUCAUAUUAUAUAACUAUAUUAUAGCUAUAUGUAUACAAUGUAGAUUUGUUGUAAAGAUAUUCUUAUUGACAAAUAUCGCUGCCGGAGUACCAGAAAGCGGGUACAUUAUUGAGUAGUCUGUCCACGCUAAGUUCGCGCCAAGUGCUACGUAAUGUAUGGCGCUCCCAUACAUUGUCACUGCCAAGUUGGUGCAAACUUACUCAUAGAAGGACACUACAUCGUAAAAAAAUUAUUAUUAUAAAUUUAUAUUUACGUAAACGUGAGAAAUUGACUUUGUCGCAAGAUAAACAAAUUUUAUUUUACGCGUUAACAUAUUGUACGUUUUCAAAUAUUUUUAUUGUUAGCCCUUUACCAUAGUAAAGGCGCGUGCUUGCUUUCUGGCGCAACGAUAACGAUAUUUGCUUAUUGAGGAGGCUGGCACGAGUUAUAUUUUUGCACUUUCUCUCCGUCUGCCGCGCCGCGCCUAGUGCCGUCCGGUACGGAUCCGACCCGUCCGACCUGUUCUGGUCAGGUACAAUACGGAUCCGGUACGGACGGUGGCUAAGAGGUGAUGGCGAACGACUUUCAAUUUCAAAACGUGUAACGAUUAAAUGUUGAACUAUUGA